AUGGCGGCGCGGAAUCCGCGAGCCGAGUUGGACUCCGUUCUCCUGCAGCUGCUCGGGGACCUGGAGGAACUGGAGGCGAAGCGGGCGGCGCUGAACGCCCGGGUGGAGGAGGGCUGGCUCUCGCUCUCCAAAGCUCGCUACGCCAUGGGUGCGAAGUCGGUAGGGCCUCUGCAGUAUGCCUCCCGCAUGGAGCCCCAGGUCCGCGUCUGCACCAGCGAGGCCCAGGACGGACCCCAGAAGUUCUGGAUGGUGAGAGCCGGCACCCAGACUCCAGAGGAGGUGGGACCCCGCGAGGCAGUUCUGCGCAGGCGCAAGGGUCUCACAAGGACCCCGGAGCCAGACCCCUCCCCAGCUCCCCAGGACCCUCUGAACUGGUUUGGAAUCCUGGUUCCUCACAGUCUACGGCAAGCUCAAGCCAGCUUCCGGGAGGGAAAAGAUUUUCACGGGGAACCCGGUACUGGGGCGGGGGAAGAAGGGGUGGCUUUUGUUUCAGAUGUCAGUUGA